UUCAAGCAUGCCUUCAGGUCACUUGCGAUUAUGGUGAUUAUGUUACAGUAAAAGGCACGAAAUAUUUUAAAAGACCCAAGCAUGGUAGUAUCGCAGACCCCUAUCCUUAUUUAUUAAAAGAAAAAUAUAAAAAAGGGUUUGAUUUCAUUGCCAUUGGAGAUUGGGGACAACGAGGGAAAGGCACCGGUCAACUUCAGGUGGCCGAUGGCAUGGCGGCCUGGGCUGAUAAAAACAAGCCCGAUUUUAUCCUCAAUCUGGGGGACAGUUUCUAUCAAACAAACACGAGUCUUCCUGUUACUAAUCCAAACGAUCACGAAGGAGUGUCCAACAUAACUGAUCCAAAAUGGAAAUCCUAUUGGCUCGACGCAUACGGUGGGAAUCUGAAAAAGGUCCCUUGGUAUUCGGUUGCAGGAAACCACGAUUGGUAUAACAACGUUACCGCGGAAGUAGCAUACUUUUGGGAUGUUGACUGGCGAUUUUUCUUACCGUCUCUUUAUUACACUCGAAAGGUUUACUUUGGCCCCAAAAACAAAUGUGCCGUCUUUAUUCAUAUCGAUACUGAUCCAUUUUUUUAUAAUUACACGUCUUAUAAUAAUACAAAUAACCUAAAAAGCACUCUUCUGAAACUCAAUUUGAACGAACCUGAUGAAAUUCAGCAUAAAUUAAAUUGGGUUGAGAGUGAAUUGAUUAAGGCUAAGGACGCCGAUUGGAUUUUUGUCGUUGGUCACCAUCCACUGGUCGGUGAUUGCCGACUCAAGAAUCCCGCGUAUUAUUUAAUGUACCUGUUUCCACCAAUUUUCAAAAAAUACAACGUGUCUGCGUACUUCAACGGUCAUGCACACGACCUUUCAUAUUCGGAAGCAAAUUCUACAUCACCCACUUCUUAUUUUGGUUCCGGUGGUGGUGGCGCUGUGCUUGGUGCUGGUUGCGCAAAUUCAACCUGGGCUACUCCCUAUACCUUUGGAUUCUUGCAUGCUAAGAUGUCCGAUGAUGGUGAAUCUUUGUCCUUCGAUUUCGUUGCCACGAAUAAAACAGACGCUCCACCAACGAUCCUCAAAUCAGGAAAAAUCUACUCGCGCAAACAUAAGCCAUGA